CUCUCUUCUGUCUCUGAUUUUCUUAAAUUCUCAAUACUUAUAUCCAAUCUGCUCCCACAAGUUCAAAGGAACACCCAUAAGUUUCAGAUCAGAGAACACACACACAAAAAAAAAUAAAGGAAUGAUUUUUCUUUUGGUUCCCAACAAAAGCUGAUGCAACAGUGCAUAAUUGAAUAAUGGCUGUUCAAACGUCUGGUAAAUCAGUUUAUGAUGACUUUGAUGAUGAUGAGCCUCUAAUUUUCAAAAGGACCAACCCAACAGCUAAGCAAAAUCGAGUAAAUUCAGAAGUAAAGAAGCCAUCAUCUCAAAGGCAUGAUGGACAAUCUGGGAGGCAGGUUCCUGAUGGGCCUUCUUCCAAUGGUCAAAAUUCCAGUAUGCAGAAGGGGAAGAUGGUUACAUCCACCAAGGUAUCACAAGUAAAGUAUCCUCCAGCAAGCCCAAAGGCAUCUACUUCAUCCCUCAAGGCAUCACCUGAAAAGUCAUCAGUGGCAAAUUCAAAAGCGUCAACUACAGUAGUUGGUCGUUCAAAAAAUUCAUCUGAACAGAACAUGUCAACUUCUGUUAAGGAGGAAAAAAACUCUGUGAAAUGUCCCCCUUUAGAAAAAAAUAGUGAUUCUGAGGACUCGGGAGAUGAUAAACCAUUGAGUGCUAGACUCUUGGUGAAACCCACCGCUGUCCCCAAAAGGACGAGCAAACCUGUUUCUGACCUCAAGGCAUCUUCUGAAAACUCACUGGUAGCAAAUUCAAAAGCGUCGACUACAUUAGAUGGUCGGUCAAAGCAUUCAUCCCAACAGAACAUGUCAACUUCUGUUAAGGAGGAAAAGAAUUCUGUUAAAUGUCCCGUAGAAAAUAGUGAUUCUGAAGAUGAGAAACCACUGAGUGCUAGACUUAUGACAAAACCCACCAUUGUCCCCAAACCUGUUCUUGACAAAUCACAGGCAUCAGAAUCAAAAUACACUCUGAAAAAAUCUUCUGCAGAAUCUGAUGAUGAAGCUCCUUUGUCUUCAAGGUUCUCACCAAAAUCCAAUAUGGGUAUAUCCAGUAGUAAACAGCAGAUAGUAAGUUCUAAUGAAAAGAAACCUUUGGCUUUGAAAAUUCAGCAAAAUGGUUCUACCUCGAGGGAUAAACAACAAAAGUCUUCCAUGCAAACGAGCAAGAGACCUCUAGAUAAGGUGAAUUCCUCAGAACAACCUUUAGUUAAAAAGGCAAAGCUCUUAGAUGCAUCUACACCAAUGAAGAUAAAGCAAACAUCAGUCAAAGCUGAAGCAAAGGCAGACGACGACGACGACGAUGACUUUAUUCCAAUUUCCCAGAGAAUGAAGAAGUCAUCUGCAUCAGACGCUAAGUCUUCUUCCACGAAGAAAAAGGCAGUAAAAGUUGUUUCUUCUUCAUUUAAGAAAACAACUAAGAAGUCCAAGAAAGUAGUGAAAAAUUCAAAAUAUAUAAGAUCGACAAAAAUGACACCUAGCUCUGGUGAUGGGCAAAAGAAAUGGACUACCUUAGUUCACAAUGGUGUCAUUUUUCCACCUCCAUAUCAGUCUCAUGGAGUGAAGAUGCUUUAUAAUGGGAAGCCAGUUGAUUUGACUCCUGAACAAGAGGAGGUUGCCACAAUGUUUGCAGUGAUGAAAGAUACAGAUUAUAUGCAGAAAGAUAAGUUCAAAGAGAAUUUCUGGAAUGAUUGGCGAAAAUUACUUGGUAAAAACCAUGUAAUUCAGGGCUUAGAGAAAUGUGAUUUCACCCCAAUUUAUGACUGGUACCAAAAGGAAAAGGAUAAGAAGAAACAAAUGACUACAGAAGAGAAGAAGACAUUGAAGGAAGAGAAAUUGAAGCAGGAGGAAAAGUAUAUGUGGGCCAUUGUUGAUGGUGUUAAAGAGAAGGUUGGAAACUUUAGAGUUGAACCACCCGGAUUAUUCCGAGGCCGUGGAGAGCAUCCAAAGAUGGGAAAAUUGAAAAAACGCAUUCGUCCUAGCGACAUUACUAUCAAUGUUGGAAAGGAUGCUUCAAUUCCAGAAUGCCCUAUCCCUGGUGAAAGCUGGAAGGAAGUAAGACAUGACAAUACUGUCACAUGGUUAGCUUUUUGGAAUGAUCCAAUCAAUCCAAAGGAAUUCAAGUAUGUGUUCCUUGCAGCUAGUAGUACCUUGAAGGGGCAAAGUGACAAGGAAAAAUAUGAAAAAGCAAGGAUGCUGAAGGACUACAUAGAAAACAUCAGGACUGCAUACACGAAGAAUUUUACAUGCAAAGAUGUCUCGAAACGGCAAAUUGCAGUUGCUACCUAUCUUAUUGAUAAACUAGCGCUGAGGGCUGGCAAUGAGAAGGAUGAUGAUGAGGCUGAUACUGUUGGUUGCUGCACAUUGAAAGUAGAGAACGUAAAAGCAGUAGACCCAAACACAUUGGAGUUUAACUUCCUUGGUAAAGAUUCAAUUAGAUACGAAAAUAAAGUUGAAGUUGAGCUUCCUGUUUACAAGGCUAUUAAACAGUUCCAAACUGGAAAACGUGGCUCUGAUGACCUCUUUGACAUGUUGGACACCAAUAAAUUGAAUGCUCAUCUAAAAGAACUCAUGCCUGGUCUUACAGCAAAAGUCUUUCGAACAUAUAAUGCAUCCAUCACAUUGGAUGAGAUGUUAAAUAGGGGAACUAAAGAUGGAAAUGUUGCGGAGAAAAUUGUUGUUUAUCAGCAUGCCAACAAGGAGGUUGCAAUAAUUUGUAACCAUCAAAGGAGUGUUUCAAAGUCUCACAGUCAACAGAUGUCAAGGUUAAAUGAGAAGAUUAGUGAGCUUCAGGGCUUGCUGAAAGAGUUGAAGACAGAUUUGGACAGGGCAAAGAAAGGAAAGCCCCCAUUAAAGGAUGCUGAUGGAAAACAAAAGAGGAAUUUGGCUCCGGAAGCGAUAGAGAAAAAGAUUGCUCAAACCAAUGUAAAGAUUGAGAAAAUGGAACUGGAUAUGAAGACAAAAGAAGAUCUGAAAACUGUGGCAUUAGGCACAUCCAAAAUCAAUUACCUUGACCCUAGGAUCACAGUUGCAUGGUGCAAGCGGCAUGAAGUUCCCAUUGAGAAGAUAUUCAACAAGUCUCUUCUGGCGAAGUUUGCUUGGGCAAUGGAUGUGGAUCCUGAUUUCAGAUUCUGAUAUUUUGAACUGAUCCUCAGUUGGCCUCAACACCCCCUAUCCCCCCACCUAAAAAAACAGAAAAAAAAAAAAAAAAAAAAACAAAGGACCAUUUUGUUUUAUCCUUUUCCAUUAAAGAUAUUAACAUUUUUUUAGUCUCAAGCGGAAAAUUUGAUGUUGUAUGUACUUCUAAUCUAAUUAUGGGCCGAGUUACCCCAUUCCUCACUUUUUUUUUCCCCCGGCUAAGAAGUUGAGGCAACAUUGUUUGCUUGAACUCUCAAACAUCUUAUUUCAAUAGUUCAAAUGUUCAGAGUACAUGAAAAUUCUAGAAAAGAAGUAAAUUUCAUUGGUUAUAUCAUUUUAUUUU